CCCCGCACGUGAACGCAUCCAUUAGUCAACGUGUGUCAUUCUCCGCACGAUCGGUCCCUGACUGCAGCAGCUAGAACAACUUAACGGUCAAAAUGAAGAAGUUUAGUUUGUCUCGACUUGUCCUCAUUCUUUUCUGUGCAGUGGUUUUUGUUGUUGUCUUAAUUAUAAACGCGUUGGCCGGAGCGGGUAAAGGCUUUUUUGGUUCCUCUACUGGUAACGUGUCGGCCCGCUAUGAGACAGACAUUACCCCGGCCGGCUGGACCUUCUCUAUCUGGGGUGUCAUCUACACCUGGCUGACCUUGAAGGUCAUAUACAUCACCUCCUAUGCUUUCAGAGGAUCCUGGGCUCAGUAUCUGCUCCCCUGUGCCUUCUAUUUCUGCUGGCUGUCCAGUUUGGUGAUGAAUGUGACCUGGCUGCUGCUGUGGGACAGAGAGGUAAUGCUGGCGGCUCUGGUCGUUCUCAUCAUGAUCGUGAUUUCCAACUACUGUGCCUUGUUCUUCUGCUGCUACGCCACCGACUACUAUGGAAUCUGGUUGCAGACGUACCAUCGCAAAGACCUUGGCUGUCUCUACAUACUGGUCCAGAACGGUCUGGCUCUCUACACCACCUGGACGACCAUCGCCUCCUUGAUCAACUUCUCCCUGGUUCUGCACAUGUGGGGCGUGGACAAGAGCACAGCAGCCACGGCCUCCCUCUGCAUCCUGUUUGCAGAAGUGGCGGGAUGGUUCAUCCUGGAGAACUGGGUUCUGGACCGCUGGGUGCGGAACAUCCUGACUGUCUACCCAGUGGUGAUCGUGGCCCUGGUGGGAAACCUCUACAAACAUUACCACUCAGAAGAUCCCACUCCAAACUCUAUAUUCAUGAUCGCACUCUUGGUGCUGGCCUGCGUCCUGCUGCUGUCCCGGGUCUGCACAGUCAUCUGGAGGAACAAGUGGCGCCCCCUACACUCACCAGGCUCAGCUCGACUGAUGGUGUCUCCUCUGGACAACAGGAAGUUCAGGCUCUUCACUUAAACAAAAUGAAAGAACCGGCUCCUCAUAUAUUUACACAACACACUUCAGUAUUCGUUCAGUCAUUGAACUGCAGUGACAGUAGAACUAGUUUCUGUCUCCUUUCUACACUAACUGCAUUGCUCGCACACAUUAAACCCUUUUUUUAUGAAGUACUACGACAGUUAAUCACUACUUUGCUGACGUUUGAUGAAGUCUGAAGCACUUUGUGCUGCAGUUCUUAUCUUUUUUAUAUUGCUAUUUUAAGCAAGUGUUAUAAUAGAAUUUUAUGCUUUUUUAAUUUGCACACAACUCUCAAUAGAUGUAGUUUUUUGGCAAGUAUAUAUUUUGACUAAGAAUUUACAGGAUUGAAUACAGUGUUUUUCUGCUAAUAAAGCUUUAAUAUUAA